AUGAAACGAGUUUUCGGUAUUGAUUUGACUAAUUUAGCAAGAGCUGAGAAUAAGGCUGUGCCAACACUUCUCAUUAAAUGUAUUCAAGAAAUAGAACGUUGUGGUGGAUUAUUCUGUGAAGGUCUUUAUCGUAUCCAUGGAAAUUAUGAUCUAGUCGAAGAAUUACGUAUUGAAUUUGAUAAAGAUCCAGAAUUAGCCAAUAUAUCUGAAGCUCAUGUACGUGAUAUCAAUGCUUUGACAAGUUUGAUUAAAUCAUUUCUACGUCAAUCGCCUGUCCCAUUAAUCACCAAUGAAGCUUAUCCAGAUUUACUUUAUGUUGUUCGUAAUGACCGACUAGUGGAACAAGAAAAGCUUGAUUUAUUGAAGAAGGUGUUUUCUCGAUUACCAGGUGCUCAUUAUGAAAGUUUACGUUACUUUAUCAAUCAUAUACACAGGAUAGCUGAAAAGCAAGAAAUCAAUAUGAUGACUACUGCUAACUUAGCUAUUGUUUUAUCUCCAACAUUAUUAAGUUCAUCGUAUACAGAUCCUAUAAGUUGUUUAGCUGGUACACUAUUUGAACAUGCAUUAAUUGAAUUAUUAAUAAAACAUUGUGCUUAUCUAUUACCACCAAGUGGUCGAUGGUAUACAACACCGAGACCAAAUGAAUUAAUCGACGGUGUUAUGCAUUCAUCAUCACUACUAGUUCGAUGA